GGCUAAAUAAGCUCUAAUUUCUCUGCCUCCCUUUCUCUCUCUCUCUCUCAUGCCUCUUCUCCUUCUAUGAUCUCUCUCGCACCGUCGUACCUCCAUCGAUCCACCAUUGGAACAUUAUCCCAAGUCGGAAAGACCUCUUUGAUGAAUCAAUAUGUGAAUAAGAAGUUUAGCAAUCAAUACACGGUAACAAUCGAAGCUGAUUUCUUGACUAAAGAAAUUCAGUUUGAAGAUAGGCUCUUUACUUUACAGCUCAGGUGUUCGAUGAAAUGUCUAAGUUCACUCCACACCAAAUUUUGGGUUUUGUUUUUAGUUAAUGGGGCAAGGUGUUUUGGAUAUUAAGUAUAGAUAUGGAGAUAAUAGGUUUGCCUUUUGGAUUUGCCAUUUUGUAUAGUGUAUGCAUGUGGUUCUCCUAUCUAUAACAUUUCAUAUUUUAAAGGCCAAGUCUAAGAGUUAUAUAAAUUCUAGACUACACUAAUUGAUUAUUCUUAACAUAGCACACUAACCAAUUAUUCGAACUGUUUUGGGAUUUCAACAAUUUUGCCUUCCAAACUGUGCAAAGCAAACUGUUUUGUGUAUCUGUUUUAGGCUCCUUCUCCUUAUAUCUAUGGCAUACACUUGACUAUACUAGUUUCAUAUCCUUGUGUUGCUACUGUUUAACUUUCGGCGACCAAUAAUUAACUAUACUCCUUCUCCUUCUCCUUAUAAGUUUCAUUACACUUGACUAUGCUCCUUAUAUCUACCAAAGUUUAGUAGCCAAAAGUUCAAUUUCGGCGACCAAUAAUUUAGUCACCAAAAGAUCAUCUUUCCCAACUAACCAAAGUUUAGUAGCCAAAUGUUU